AUGGACAAUACUACACAUAAAAUGAAGGCAUCAGCAAGCAAGGCUUUGUCCCAAAAGACGGAGUUUGCUGGAGCUGCUGAUAAGAAGGCCAUGUCAUCUGUCAGAAAAAAUGGCAAAACCUCUAGAACUGUGGCGAAAGUUGACACUGAUUUUUUUGCAAACAUCGAAACUCCGUACGAAGAUGCUCCGGCUACAGAUUCAUCUUCGCAAAAGGUGAACAUUUUCGGUCGGUCGCUUCGGCCAAUCGAGAUGCAGUCGGAUGUUUACAAGCCGAAGCCCUAUGGAAAACCUCCAAAGGAAAUCGAACAGGGGAUGGACGCACGAACCUAUUUCAAGACCAAAUUCAACCCUUUUGAGCUCAUUCCUUUGGGAAAAAAGUCACCUGCUCCGGCAUCGAAAUCGAAUGGCACGGCGGCAAAAACUGUGCCCUCUUCACCAAAGACGGCAAGAAAGUCAACACCCACACCGUCCUCUUUCCGAUACGCUACUACCAAGUCAUCACUAACGUCGUCAGCGUCUAGGCUAACAACUCCUAGUAUGUCCUACCCAGUCAAUAGCCAGACAACAAGAAUAAAAUCCCAGCCAAGACCUCCUGCAAGACCCGCUAGCCCUACAAAAUUUGGAAGUAUAGCCACACCAAUGCCCAAGUCGAAGUGGACGUCGGUAGUACUGGAUUUAGACGGAAGAAGACGACCUCCGGUGACACCGAACUCUGAGAUAUUAAAGCGACGAUCAGGUGUGGCUGUAAAUACGACUUCGAUUAAUUCGAGAAUGCCAAGUCAAAACAACAUGAGAGCGGCAAGUCAAACAAAAACUGGCAUUGUUUCUUCGGCAACACUCUCGCAGAAGGCAACCAUACCUUUAAAGAAGAGUACGGUAUCACGCCCACCAUCCAUGACUGCAUCAUCCAAACGCACAGACACUUCUAUGAAACCAAUAGCCCAACCAUCUGUUUCAAAAAACAAGUCAAUGUUACAAACAACGCUUAAACACCCAGUUGGGAAACGCCCUCCAGCCGCACCAGGACGUUUGUUCGCUCUGUUCAAGGAUUCGCAAGGCGGAGUCGAGUCUUCAAACAAGAAACGUUCUGCCAGCGAUAUCUUAUCGGAUCGCACAUCGGUAACAAGAAUGAAUAAAAGAAUAAAAUCAGACAACGUUCCAACUCGACAGCUAACAAAUUCAAUGCGACGAGAUGCGAGCUCAAUACGAAAGACGCUGCCGGCGAAAAGAGAUAUUCCACGGCCUCGUAGUCAUGUUUAUGAUGAACCGGUAGCCAAUAGAAUUGAAGUUCAAAAGGCUAUCCGUGAACUAUUUCCAAGUAGGAGGAGGACGACAUACGAUGACUAUGAUUCUGAUUCUGAUAUGGAAGCUACUGGAUUAGAUAUUCUUGAUGAGGAAGAACGGAGUGCUAUGAUUGGGAGGAAGGAAGAUUUGCGAGAGGAGAUGCUAGAGAAGCAAAGAUUAAAAGCUAGAGCUAGGAUGGCAGCAAGGAGAUGA